AUGUCCUUCAAGAACGAGAAGUCCGAGUCACAGGCGUCCCUGCUGCCCAAGGGCGGCCAAGGUGAUAACAAGCCCAAGGACGACAAGAAGCCGGUCAGCCCGUCCGCCGGCGUCAAGUCGACCAGCAGCGACGCUGAGUUCGCCAAGCUAGCCAAGAAGCACGGCUGGGGCUCGACGACGCCGAGCGGCGCGUCCCUCGGUGGCUGA